UCUCUCUCUCUAUCUUUCUCUCUCUACUUUAAUUUAACUUUGCCCGCCUGCCAUAGCAUCUUAUAGUUUUAUUUUAUUCCAACUCUCACAGAGAUCCCAUCUUGCAUAUAUCAUCCUAGUUUGUGCUGCUUAGGGUUUGAGCCAUAAUUAAGAAGCUUGCCCAUCCUCUCGGGUCUUCUCAUAAUUCAAUAUUGCUCGCUAAGACUCAUGCUCUCACUUUAGCCAGCUUUAACUGUUUCUGGGUUCCUUCUAAACAGAGUCAAACUCCAUAUAAACAAAAAAAACUCGAGAUGCUUCUGCAACAAAAGAUGGAUGAUGUAGAAAUUUCAAGUGGUUUCCGUCAUCCGAAUCCAACUGAUCAUCUUGCAUCUUCUAAUAAUAACCCUCCUGUUUUGAAGAGGAAGAGAAACCUCCCAGGAAAUCCAGAUCCUGAGGCAGAGGUCAUAGCCUUAUCGCCGAAGACUUUGAUGGCCACCAACAGAUUCUUGUGCGAAAUCUGUGGGAAAGGUUUCCAACGGGAUCAAAAUCUUCAGCUGCAUCGAAGAGGACACAAUCUUCCAUGGAAGCUGAAGCAGAGGACAAGCAAAGAACCAAGGAAGAGAGUGUAUGUUUGCCCUGAGAAGACGUGUGUCCACCACGACCCUUCAAGGGCACUGGGAGACUUAACAGGGAUAAAGAAGCACUUUUGCAGAAAGCAUGGUGAGAAGAAGUGGAAGUGCGAGAAGUGCUCAAAGCGAUAUGCUGUCCAGUCAGACUGGAAAGCCCACUCUAAGACCUGCGGCACCAGAGAAUACAAAUGUGAUUGCGGGACUAUCUUUUCACGGAGAGACAGUUUCAUAACCCACAGGGCAUUCUGCGACGCCUUGGCAGAAGAGACAGCAAGAGUUAAUGCAGAAUCUACAGUGAACAACUCUCUGCUGGGUUACAACAUCAUGGGAAAUUCCCAAGGGCAUGGCAUGACCCCACAUUUUCCUUCAAUUUUCCAGCCAAUCUCAAACACAGUUGCCGAAACAAAUCAUCAAGCACCCAUGGGGCUAUCUCUAUGGAUGGGUCCGACCCGAACUCAAGGCCCUCGAGCUCAUGACACAGUAGCCAAUAAUUUGAGCAGUAAUAUCAAUAAACCGUUUGAGAUUCAUCAACUCGGGUCAGUCAUCACUAGCUCAUCAUCAUCAGGAUCAAUACUAUACGGGAACAACCCGCUUGUUUCAUGGUCAAAUCCUCAGCCGAAUUGGGUGUUUGGGAGUAAUAACAAGAACGUUAGUCAUCAUCAAGAUCAGCUGAUCAGCGUUCCUUCCCUGUACAGCUCCCAACAUCAGCAAUCCCGUCAAACAUCGUCGGCAAACAUGUCGGCCACGGCUUUGUUGCAGAAAGCCACCCAAAUAGGGGCAACUUCAACCGACACGUCAUUCCUGGGAACCUUAGGGUUGAAAUGCAGCAGCAAUCAAGAAAAGGAUGGGAACAAAUUCUGCGGACUGUACGGUUCAGGUUCAGUAACGGUGAGUACCCUGGGAAGCGAGACAGAGAACCCAGCAAAACGCAGGAAAAGACAGCAGAAUGAAGAGAAUAAGGGGGGAGAGCAAACGAGGGAUUUUCUGGGCGUGGGCGUAGUCCAUUUGCCAUCCAGCUCCAAUGAACGGAUGGAUUUGAAGCAUAAGACGGGACGACAGAACAUUUUGAAAAUGGACUUAAAUGAAACACUAAAUACGAUGAUGCACAUCUAAUCUGAAGGGGUGGUGUCGUUGCAUAUGUAAUUAGUUGAAAGAGAUUAAGAUAUUUAGGGAAGGUGAUAAUGAUGAGUGGUUUGAGAAAGAAAAGGAGAAGGGUUGGAUGAAGAAUGAGGGAAAAGGUGUGGCGGGCGAAAAGCAAGGGGCACGCAUAUUCUUUCGAAUGCUGAAAGAUGGCCACUUCUACAAAGUGGGCAGCUUUUGGACCCCUUCGUCUCCACUGUGCCAACGUUACAAGUUUCCCUCUUCCACUUUCGUCAUUUGCAAAUUAAUCAUCCAUUUUUCUCAUUUAA